CACCGCGCGCGCGCACACACACGCACACAUAUAUACACACAAACCACCUCAUUCAUUUUCUCUCCAGUCUGAAGGGGCAUCCCUGCUGUCUCUCUUGCUUUUCGGCAAAAAAACAACUUAACCUCAUCAUGGCAAACAAGGAGGAGAAACCAGAAGGAGUGAAGGACUCGAGCUGGAAAGAGUUUAUCUAUAAUCCGCGGACGGGGGAGUUCCUGGGGCGCACUGCAAGCAGCUGGGCUCUCAUCUUCCUCUUCUAUUUGGUAUUCUAUGGCUUCCUUGCGGGGAUGUUUUCUCUCACCAUGUGGGUGUUGCUGCAAACACUGGAUGAUUACACUCCCAGGUACAGGGACCGAGUCACCAACCCAGGUCUGAUGAUCAGGCCCAAGGAUCUGAACAUUGUAGUAAACCUCUCUAACCCACAGCAGUACAGCAAGUAUAUCCAGAACCUGGAGACCUUCCUUCUGGAUUAUAAUGAUACACUGCAGGAGCAGAAUAUGCAAUGCGAAGAAGGCAAAUAUUUUUUGCAGGACAAGUCAGAAGAGAAAAAAGCUUGCCAGUUCAAGCGCAGUCAGUUGCGUCAGUGUUCUGGUCUGGCUGAUUCAACCUUUGGUUAUAGCGAGGGACAGCCCUGUGUGUUGGUUAAGAUGAAUCGGAUUAUAGGUCUGAUGCCCCAAGGACAGCCGUACGUCAACUGCACAGCUAAGAGAGAAACUCCUCUGCACAUGCAGUAUUUCCCAACUGAGGGCCACAUUGACAAGAUGUAUUUCCCCUACUACGGCAAGAAAGCACAUGCUAAAUAUGUGCAGCCAUUGGUGGCAGUGAAGCUGCAGCUAAACGAGCAUGAUUAUAACACACCCCUGACCAUCGAGUGCAAGGUGGAGGGCUCCAACCUGCGCAACAAUGACGAACGCGACAAGUUCCUGGGUCGAAUCACCUUCCGCGUCCACGUGACCAAGUAGCCUGGAUCGCUCACUAGAGCUGCACGAUGUCCAUCACUUGCAUCCCAGUCCCACAGCCCGCUCCCCUUACACACACUUGCGUGAGGUAGCCCUUCGCUCCUCCAAUGUCACACUACCUUCUGAUACCUUAAGGGAGCUUGACAUUUAUCUGUACUGUACUUUGAAGGUAGGUUCAGAACAGGGCAGUUGGCUACUUGUAUGGUUGUGUGUGUGUGUGUGUGUGUGUGUGUGUGUGUGUGUGUGUGUGUGUAUAUAUACAUAUAUUUAGAUAUCAAAUAUAUAAAACGCCUCUUCCCUUUUACCCACAACCCCGACACUGGAAAAAAAAAUCAUACAAGUAAGUGCACAUUCAACCACCUUCAAACCAUCCCGAUAAAAGACAAUGCUAGUGACAUCGUGCAGGAAGCAGGGACCUGUAAAUAGACAUGUCAGAGCAUAGAGUUAUAUCUAUUCCCUCUUAUAGUGCUGUGCAGCCUGCCGUGUGUAUCUCUGUGUGUGUGUGUGUGUGAGGGAGAGAGAAUGAGAAUGUAUGUGUAUGCGAGUACCAUAAUGUGAAGUCUCUAUGUACAUAUUUAAUGGAUUUUAAAGACACUUUUUUUUUUUUUUUUGUUUGUUUUUGGGCUGUAUCAUCACUCUCACUGACUGCUGUAAGAAAUCAAGGUUAUAAUAUUAUAUAUGUAAUAAGAAAUGUAAUUUAAGAUUUUGGAGAAAUAAUGUUAUUGUGGGGGUAGGAUGGGACACGUACAAAGGUCUAUCAACCUCGUUUUUCAAAUCCAUCCACCAUCCGAGGAAAGUGAUCUUUUUUUUUUUUUAAACCUCUGCAGAAACUGUACUUUGUGCAGAUGCCUUAAGAUGUGUAUGGAAACAGCUUCAAAUAAAGGAGAUUUUAA